UGUUACGCUUUUCUUUCUAGCAGUCAUGGUGAAUUUCGCCCAAGCUGUGCGUGAUCACUGGGUUCACAUCCUUGUUCCCUUAGGAUUUGUGAUUGGAUGCUAUUUGGACAGAAGGAAUGAUGAAAAACUGUCUGCCUUUAGAAACAAGAGCUUGUUAUAUAAAAGAGAGUUGAAGCCUGGUGAAGAAGCUACAUGGAAAUAAAGGCUGCUGAUGAAAUG